AUGAUCGGGUUCUACUCGGCAUUUCUCCUCGCCGCCCAAUUGGGGUUGGGCUCAUCCGCUCCUCUGGAAAAGAGACAGUCCGGAGCAGCUUCAUGGAGUCCGCCUUACUACCCUGCCCCUAAGGGUGGUUCUUCGGCGGCAUGGGCUGAUGCUUAUGAAAAGGCCUAUGAGCUUGUCUCGCAGAUGACAUUGGUUGAAAAGGUGAAUAUCACGACUGGUAUUGGUUGGGCCAUGGGCCCUUGUGUAGGAAAUACUGGUCCAGUUGAGCGUCUCGGCUUCCCCUCCAUCUGUCUUCAGGAUGGACCGCUAGGUGUAAGAUUCGCGGACAAGAAUACGGCGUGGCCUGCUGGAAUUACAAUUGGUGCAACCUGGGACAAGGAGCUCAUGUACGCACGUGGAGACGGUUUGGGCGCUGAAUUCCGUGGAAAGGGAAUAAACGUUAUUUUGGGACCAGCAAUGGGUCCUGUUGGUCGUAUGCCCGCAGGUGGAAGAAACUGGGAGGGCUUCGGCUCAGACCCUUAUCUCCAGGGCGUUGGUGCUGCUCUUACCAUCGAGGGGAUCCAGGAUAAUGGGGUUAUUGCAACUGCUAAGCACUAUAUUGCCAAUGAACAGGAACAUUUCCGACAAAGCGCCAACGCAAUUUCUGCCAACAUCGAUGCUAGAACUCUUCAUGAGGUCUACUUAUGGCCAUUCCAGGACUCAGUGAAAGCUGGUGUCGGGGCGGUCAUGUGUUCUUACAACCAGAAUAACAACAGCGCUUCUUGCCAGAAUUCGUGGUUGCAGAAUGCUAUCUUGAAAGAUGAGUUGGGUUUCGAGGGAUUUAUCAUGUCCGAUUGGCUCGCUCAGUACAGCGGAGUUGCUAGCGUUCUUGCCGGAAUGGAUAUGACCAUGCCUGGCGAUGGCUUGGCUUGGGACGAUCGUAUAUCGCUUCUUGGACCCGAACUUACUAGAGCUGUGAUGAAUAGUUCCGUGCCAAUGGAAAGGCUCGAUGAUAUGGUCACCCGUAUUGUUGCUACCUGGUACAAGUUUGGCCAGGAUGAGGAUUAUCCUGAACCAAAUUUCAACUCAUGGACUAAUGCUACUGUUGGAAAAAUUUACUAUGGCUCAAACGACAACACCACGGGUGUUGUUAACGAGCAUGUUGAAGUCAGGGGAGACCACGCUACUCUUGCAAGAAAAAUUGCCGCAGAUGCUAUCGCCUUGCUCAAAAACGAAGAUGUUUUGCCUUUGGCAGGGCCGAUGAAGAUCGGUAUUUACGGUGAAGACGCUGGUCCUGGAAAUGGGCCAAAUGUCUGCAUCGACAGAGGAUGCAACCAGGGGACACUUGCCGUUGGAUGGGGAAGCGGUGCCACUGACUUUACCUAUCUUAUCACCCCUCUUGAAGCCAUUCAGGCCCGUGCUGCCGAAGAUGGUUCCGUAGUCACUGCGAUCUUGAACAACACAAAGCUUGAUGAUAUGAAGGCCUCUGCUAAAGAGCAAGAUAUCUGUCUCACGUUCGUCAAUGCCGACUCUGGUGAAGGCUACAUCACUUGGAAUGGCCUUGAGGGUGACAGGAACGAUAUCGAAACUCAACUUGGUGGAAACGAGGUCAUCGCGGCUGUUUCUCAGAAUUGCAAGAAGACUAUCGUUGUUGUGCACUCAGUUGGACCUAUCAUCGUGGAGCAGUGGGCACAGUCUCACAGGGUCCAGGGAAUUCUUUGGGCUCAUCUACCUGGACAGGAGAGUGGAAAUGCGCUCGUAGAUGUUCUCUACGGUGAUGUAAACCCAAGUGGAAAACUUCCAUACACCAUCGGAAAGUCUCUUGCAGAUUAUGGCCCGACUGCCGGUGUUAUGUAUGUUGCAAAUGGAAACCCUCCGCAGCAGGAUUUCACCGAAGGCCUUUACAUCGACUAUAGAUACUUUGACAAGCAUGACAUCACACCCCGCUAUGAAUUCGGCUUUGGACUCUCAUAUACUACCUUUGAGUUCAGUAACCUUGAGGUUGAGCUUAUGUGUCCUCUGACUCCUCUUCCUGCUCCUCGUCCUGAACCAGAAUCUACCCCCCCGACUUACGACUCAGAAAUCCCUGAUAUUUCUGAGGUCCUCUUCCCCGAAGGAUUCACACCAAUUGAUCGCAUGAUUUACCCAUACCUAAAUGCCACAAAUCCCAAUGUUACCGUUGGCCCUUACCCAUACCCCGAGGGCUAUGAAAAACCACACCCGCUUAUGCCUGCUGGUGGUGCCGAGGGAGGCAAUCCUGCGCUUUGGGAAGUUAUGUACAAGGUCACCAUGAUUAUCGAAAAUACUGGAGAGGUUGCAGGAGCUGAGGUCGCCCAACUAUAUGUCCAGUUCCAGAACAAGAAUAUUGACUUCCCCGUCAGAGUCCUCAGAGGAUUCGAGAAAGUCUACCUGGAGCCUGGCGAAUGUAAACAGGUUUGCUUUGAGCUAACAAGGAGAGACUUGAGUUACUAUAAUGCUGCUAUUGAAAACUGGGAAAUCCCAUCUGGCGGAAUUGGUAUUGCAAUUGGGCAGAGUUCAAGGAAGUUGCACCUGAGAGGCAAUUUGCGAUAUGGAUUUUAA